CCACCAAAGCAACUUCUAUAAAUACGUUAGCCAAGAAAAUGCUUUCUUUUACGACACAAUAAGUUCCAAAACAAUUAACCACACAAAUACAAAAUGAAUGAAAUGUCGUUCUUUGGUUAUAGUUUCAUCGUAGUAGCAUUAUUCUUCGAUUUAACUCAAGCCUAUCGUCACACUCCCGCUCAACCGCCAAAAGCAAACGCAAACGGUGAUGUCAAACCGCAAGAAACGCUCGUGGUUCACAACAAGGCCCGAGCCAUGGUCGGAGUCGGACCAAUGGUGUGGAACGAAACUCUUGCGACCUAUGCACAGAGCUACGCACAUGAACGAGCCAGAGACUGUGCCAUGAAGCAUUCCUUGGGACCAUUCGGCGAGAAUCUAGCCGCGGGUUGGGGAACGAUGAGCGGUCCGGUAGCAACUGAGUAUUGGAUGACGGAGAAGGAAAAUUACGAUUAUGAUAGUAACACGUGUGGUGGUGAUGGUGUGUGUGGACACUACACUCAGAUCGUGUGGCGUGACUCGGUUCGACUUGGUUGUGCCUCCGUGAGAUGUAAGAAUGAUGAGUAUAUUUGGGUGAUUUGUAGCUAUGAUCCUCCGGGGAAUUACAUCGGUCAACGUCCAUAUUAGUGAUUGGAUUUUAUUAUACUGAAUCAACAAGAUUACUAUAUAUGGUAAUUAAUGUGAUUUAAGAAAAAUUCAUACUAUAACAUUUUGUGUCCUUAAAUGAUAAAAGCAUAUAUAAAUGCACACUAGUUUUUUUACCAUCAAUGUGAGAUAUGUUUCCAUGAUAUAUCAAAGUUGUUGAUUUGAUUAUAAUCGACUUCAGAAUUCUUAC